AUGGAUGCCAUCUCUAUAAUAAGCAUUUUACUUACCAGCUUCGUCAUCUUUCAACUUCUUUUCCACUUUGUAAGUUCUUGGUUUUCAGAAAAAAUUUCUCCAAGUUUUAAUAAUCUCAGCUUUGAAAAGAAGAUUGAGUGGAACUCAAGGGUUGUAUCCACAUGCCAUUCUUUAGUGGUUGGAAUUUUUAGCUUGUAUAUUUGCCUUUUUGAUGAAGUAACUAAAGCUGACCCACUUUGGGGUGAUUCAUCGCUUGUGAAGGUGAAUAUUUCUAUUUCUUUAGGCUACCUCAUUUCUGAUUUGUUGCUUAUCUUUUACUAUUGGAGAGUGAUUGGUGAUAAAAUGUUUGUAAUUCAUCAUUGCACAGCGUUGUACGGAUACUACAUGUUACUGGCAUUUGGAGCUCUGGAAUCUAUUGGGAAUUUUCGUCUGCUGGCCGAACUUUCUAGUCCAUUUGUGAAUCAGCGGUGGUUCUUUGAAACUCUGAAGUAUCCUAAGUUUUCCAAAGUUAAUGUUAUCAAUGGAAUACUCAUGACAGUGGCAUUUUUCCUCGUGCGGAUUGCUGUGAUACCUCCCUUUUAUUACUUCAUGUAUUCCGUGUAUGGAACAGAAGCCUACAACAGGAUUGGAAUUUUAAUACAGUCUUCCUGGGCUGUUACUUGUAUUGUUUUAGACAUAAUGAAUAUCUACUGGAUGAUCAAAAUUACAAAAGGGUGCAUCAAAGUCAUCUCUCUCAUCAGACAAGAGAAAGCCAGACAUCUUCAAAAUGGAAAAGUGGACUAA